AUGGAAGUGGUGACAUUAUCGGUGUUGGUCACAGCCACAGCAGCUUGUGUCGCUGCCUACAUGAUCUGGUUCUACAGCAUGACGGCAAGAUUACGUGGCCCUCGUGUGUGGCCGCUCGUCGGCUGCCUUCCCGGCCACCUCGACAACGCCGAGCGCUUGCAUGACUGGAUCUCCGACAACCUCUGCAAAACCAGCGGGACCUAUCAGACUUGCCUUCUCGCCUUGCCGUUCCUGGCCCGUCGCCAAGGUCUCGUCACCGCCACAUGCGACCCACGAAACCUUGAGCACAUCCUCAAGACCCGCUUCGAUAACUACUGCAAGGGUCCCGCCUGGCAAGCCAUCUUCCACGACCUUCUCGGCGGCGGCAUCUUUAACUCCGACGGCGACGCCUGGCUCUUCCAGCGGAAGACGGCCGCUCCCGAGUUCUCCACUCGCACUCUCCGCCUCGCCAUGUCUCGUUGGGUCUCUCUCUCCAUUCACAAGGGACUGCUUCCAAUCCUCGACACCGCGGUCGCCGACGGUGCAACAGUUGAUCUCCAGGACCUUCUCCUGCGUCUCACUUUCGAUAAUAUAUGUGGUCUGACCUUCGGCCAGGACCCGCAGACGCUCGACGCUAGUCUCCCGGACAACCACUUUGCCAGGUCUUUCGAUCGCGCAACGGAGGCCACCCUACAUCGGUUCCUCUUACCAAAGCUUUAUUGGAGGUUAAUGAAAUUGUUCCGAUUAGGUAAGGAGGGAAUAUUGUCCAGCUCAGUCUCCAACGUUUAUAGCUAUCUCUUCACCGUCAUCAAUGCCCGCAAGGAGGAGCUGUCCAGCUCCUCCUUGCACGACGAUCUCCUUUCCCGCUUCCAGCGCAACGGCGCCGGCUACUCCGACGAUUUUCUCCAACAAGUCGCUGUAAACUUCAUUCUCGCCGGUCGCGAUACCACUUCCGUCGCCCUCUCCUGGUUCUUCUGGGCCGUUGCCACCCACCCCGAAGUUGAACACAUCAUCAUUCACGAGCUUUACUCCGUUCUCGCGGCCUCCCGUGGUGACCAAGACCCCAAAGCUGCGUGGUUCGAAACCCCGCUGGACUACGAGGAACUGGACCGCCUCAUCUACCUAAAAGCGACGCUCUCCGAGACACUCAGACUGUACCCGUCAGUUCCAGAGAACACUAAGUACGUCGUUGCCGACGACUUUUUACCGGAUGGAACAUUUGUUCCGGCAGGAUCUUCUAUUACUUACUCAAUUUAUUCCGUCGGGCGAAUGGAGUCGGUUUGGGGCCAGGAUUGCCUUGAGUUUCGCCCAGAGCGCUGGAUAUCGGAGGACGGCCGUCGGUUUGAGCCACCUGCGGAUUCGUUCAAGUUCAUGGCCUUCAACGCCGGGCCGCGUUUGUGCCUAGGGAAAGACCUUGCAUACCUACAGAUGAAGUCUAUCGCAGCUGCUGUGCUCCUCCGCUGCCGAUUCGAGCUGGUACCUGGCCAUCGCGUCGAGCAGAAGAUCUCACUUACGUUGUUCAUGAAGCACGGCCUCCGCAUGUACGUUCGACGAAGAGACCCGGUUGUUGAAGGCUGCCAAACUGGUUCUUCUAACACCAUGGAGCCACGCCACUGCUGCUAA